AUGACAGCCGACCCUGUGUUCCCGGACUGUGACGAGUCGUACCCCCGUCCCGUGGACCUGCUGUCCAGCUCAGACUCCACCGACUCCCCCAUCUCCGUCCAGAGGGACUACGGCUUCUGGUGUCCCAGAGAACUCAAAAUCAACCCCGAGCUGGGCUACUCCUUCCUAGGGGUCCGAGACUGCUCCCCCCCCUGCUCCAACAUGUACUUUACGCGCGAGGAGCUGGCGUUCGCCCGCUAUUUCAUCGGGGUGGUGUCCAUCGUCUGUCUGUCCGCCACCCUCUUCACCUUCCUCACCUUCCUCAUCGACAUGUCGCGCUUCCGUUACCCGGAGCGCCCCAUCAUCUUCUACGCGGUGUGCUACAUGAUGGUGUCCCUGGUGUUCUUCCUGGGCUUCCUGCUGGAGGACAACGUGUCCUGUAACGCAGCCAGUCCCGGCAGGUUCAGGGCUGCCACCGUGACCCAGGGCUCCCAUAACAAGGCCUGCACCCUCCUCUUCAUGGUGCUGUACUUCUUCACCAUGGCGGGCAGUGUGUGGUGGGUCAUCCUGACCAUCACCUGGUUCCUGGCUGCUGUUCCCAAGUGGGGCAGCGAAGCCAUAGAGAAGAAGGCGCUCCUGUUCCACGCCUGCGCCUGGGGCAUCCCGGGGUUCCUCACCGUGACGCUGCUCGCCAUGAACAAGAUCGAGGGGGACAGCAUCAGCGGGGUCUGCUUCGUGGGGCUGUACAACCUGACGGCGCUGCGCUGGUUCCUGAUCGCGCCUCUGGGACUGGAUGUAGUGGUGGGCGUGGCGCUGCUGCUGGCAGGCAUCGCCGCUCUGAACCGCGUGCGCAUGGAGAUCCCUCUGGAGAAGGAGAACCAGGAGAAGCUGGUGAAGUUCAUGAUCCGCAUCGCCGUGUUCUCCGUGCUCUACCUGGUCCCCCUGCUGGUGGUCCUGGCCUGCUACCUCUACGAGAACAGCUACCGGAGCAUCUGGGAGACCACCUGGGUCCAGGAGCAGUGUCGGGACUACCACAUCCCCUGCCCCUACCAGGUGGAGCGCACCAGCCGGCCGGACCUCGCCCUCUUCCUCACGAAGUACGUGAUGAUGCUGAUCGUGGGAAUCCCCUCCGUGUUCUGGGUGGGCAGCAAGAAGACGUGCUUCGAGUGGGCGGGCUUCUUCCACGGCAAGAGACACAAGGACCGGAUGGUGAACGACAGCCGGCAGGUGCUAAAGGAGCCCGACUUCGCCCAGCUGCUGCUCCGGGACCCCAACACCCCCAUCGUCAGAAAGUCCCGGGGCACCUCCACCCAGGGGACCUCCACCCACGCCUCCUCCACCCACCUGGCCAUGCUGGACGAGCCCCCCAGCGGCAGCACCAGCCGGGCCGGCUCGGUCCGCAGCACCCGCUCAAAGAUGAGCAGUUACCAUGGCAGCCUGCACCGCAACCGUGACGACAGGUACACCGCCCCCAGCUUCCGGGCGGCAGACGAGCGCCCCCCCUACGGCAGCAUGCCCCGCCUCCACGACCCGCCGCGCCACUGCAGCACCACCCGCCUGGACAGCCUGUCCCGCCACGGCUCCACCCAGAGGCUGGAGAGCCAAUCGAGGCACAGCAGCGUCAGGGACCUUACCAGCACCACCCAGGCUGUGCUCGGAGGCCCUGGCAACGGGAUCCACCGAGUGCUGGAGGAGGACGGAGGGACCGCCUGAGCACCACCUCGAUACUUCAGAGGACUGUAGAAAAGACUCUCCGUUUCUAGAAAGGGCAAGAAUGUGAGGAUCCACAGCGAGCCUCUCAGAGGGCGGAGGAGGUGAUGGAGCGCAGAGCGGAAGCUGUCACUGAUGACGUCAGCUACAUCCUGCCAGAGGGUGGAGGGUGGUGUGGGUCCACACCUUAAAAUGUCCUCUCAGCUUUACUCCACUCUCAAAAACUGAACUUUAAACUUUGACCAGUUUACACCCCACCAUGGAUUGCGUGGUGCUGAUGGUGCCCUGUGAAACACUGGAGAACUCUGACAGAUGCACUGGAUGUUUUUGACUGUAACUGUUUGUAUAAAGGACUGAGUGAUGGACAUUACACCGCCCUCUCUUUAGUUUGGGCGGAGGCAGGGUGUUUUUUAUGGCUACAUGUAAACACUUUGCACCCGUCACUGCGCCUGCAUUAUUAUUCAGCAUCAAAUCGAUCCCGGUUCAUUAACCUGAUGUUUAUUCACAUCCAAUUUGAAACUCCACAUGAAAUCCAACAAAUGUGCAAGAAGUGUAAGGAACAAGCGCUCUUUAUAUAUGCUGUACAUGACUCAUGAACUCUAUAAAAGCCUUCUCUCAUUUCACAUUUGUUUUGAUAUUGAGGUUCUUCAUUGCUUGGUGUGCCGAUGUAAUGGCGACAGAAGCAAAGGGCCGCAACAGGAACAGAGCUGAAUCCAAACUCCUGCCUUACAGUGAAUAGAUGAUAGUCGCCCUUAAACGAGAGUGAACUCUCAGUUAGUCCGUCCUUUAAACAUGUGUCCUUGCUCAUAUAGCUGCUGUCAAAUGUUAGAGCAACAUUUCCUCGAGUGGCAAAUCUUGUAAAGCUGUAAAAACUUCUGCUGUUCAUUUGUAAUAAAGUUUUUUUUAAGAAUGUACAUUUGUCAGCGUAAUGACCACACAGCGACACACGGGGUUGUAUUUGUAACAGCCCUCCGCUUUAUUGAAAUACAUCGGAGUCAGGUUAAUAUAAUGAGCUCUCCACAUAAGUGUGGCAGCCAGUUCCAUACAUUAUUUUUUGUUUUGACCUUACACCUUAAAUAUUUUUUUUUGUGCAAAACAGAUUCUACAUCACCUGUAGUGGGUUAUCCUCAGUAAAACGCCCAAACCGUUCAAAAAAGGAGCAAGUAAAACAACAAACCGAAAACAAAAAUGAUUACAUCUAUAACAUGCAAAACUGUACAAAUUAUUACAAAGCAAUCCUAGAAAAAAAAACAAAGUGUAAUAUGAUAUGAAAGAGCAAAAAUAAUAUAGAAGGUACUGUAGAUAAGACCUCACUGAAAUGCAAAGGCGUUUGAAUUUUUUUUGUUGAUUUUCUUACCACUGUGGCACUCAAACCCCCUGCCAGCCUGAAAACAUUUUCUCCACCUUUAUCCUGCCGCCUCCACCUCUUCUGUACACUCGUCUCCUCACCUUACUUAUCAUUCCCAUCGAGAGGAAAAUAAUUCAUUGGUUCUUCGGACAAUUCCUGAGUUUCUCUUUCCUUUAACUGGGAUGUGUAGGAUCAGUUUUUCUGUACAAUAUUGGCCGAUAAUAAAACACCCCCACCCCUCCCCAUCCAUCUAAUACAUUCUACAGAAACUCCAGGAGACUCACUAGCUUUUAAAAUAGGUGGUUGUUUGGAAUAACCACCCCCCCCCCUUUCUCUUUAUAUAAAAUGGAAUACUUCAUAAAAACACUUGGAAUGGGUUAUUUUAGCGCCACUUGGUUUUUGUGUCCCUUUCUAACAAACACAAUGGAAUAGUUUAGAUUCUGACAGGUCAGUAUUAGAAUACUGUGCGUUUUUACAGAUAAUACCACGUUAGAGCCACAUUUUAUUUAGUGUUUAAUGUUGUUCCCGUACAGUUUGACCCCCUUCUGCCGUAUGAAGCAUUCCUGGACCGAAGCACUUUUCCAUCAGGAGGUUACAGAGGCCUUUCUACUCGGGGGUGUAGACAUCCAGCCCUUCCAGACAACAGGCAGCACUGAGGUUCAUUCAUCUGGCUUUAAGUGUUUUACAUUCUCCUUUGUAGUGUUUUUUAACAAAUGUGUCUUCAGAGUAUACAUGAGAAAGAACGUCCUCUAAUGUCCUUUUUUGUUUUUGGGUUAAAUCAACACUACAGUUUCUGUUCACGGAAAAGAUUAGAUUACAUUUUCAAUUCCUCCUCCGACAGUGAGGAGGAGGAGGAGCAGGACGAAGGCAUAAAACACAACCUCAGCGCGUGCGCGCGCGCGUGCGUGUGUGUGCGUGUGUGUGUGUGUGUGUGUGUGUUUGUGUGUGUGUGUGAUAAAUGUUCACUCUACAGUAGUGUCGAUCCAAACGCAAACAGAGUGGGAAAAGAAAACAACGUGUCAUACAUAAAAUAUAAAACAAAUUAUAAAUCAAUGGGUAAAAAAAAAGUGGUUUAAAAUGGCUUUUUGUGUGAACACAACCCGAAUCACUCUGAAAACAAAGGAAAUAAGAAAUAAACGUCAAGGAGGAUCUUUUUGUCUCUCCUGUGUAGUUCUCUAAAGUAUUUCCUUAUCAUAUAUUACUCUCUACUUUGAACCUAUGUACAUUAUUGUGAUGGGAACCUGUUGGUCAGUUUGGUUGUACAGCAAGGCGGAGCGUCUACACUAUGACCAUGAUGUCACUCGCGUUGGACCAAUGAGGAGAGAGCACAGAUGUGAUGAUGUCCUAGUAGCUUUUUGCUGAUGGUCAAAAUAAAAAAAUAGUAUAAAGUCACUGCACUUAAUAUCAUGAGCAAAAAAAAAAAA